CACUCUCUCUGUUAACUUCUUUGUUUUACAAGUCUCUCUCUCUAUUGUCUCUCUCUCUCUAUUGUCUCUCUCAUGGUUAAGAAGGACGCAGAGAAAAAGAGGAUGGGUCGUCAGAAGAUCGAUAUCAAAUUUAUCGAAAACAAAGAGAAUCGCCAAGUGACCUUCUCCAAGCGUCGAACCCGCCUCUUCAACAAGGCGGCGGACCUCUGCGUCCAUUACGAUGCCAGCAUCGCCAUCCUCACCUUUUCCCGUGCAGGCCGCCCAUAUGCCUUUGCGGAUCGGGACAUCGACUCGAUCAUCCACCGAUUCGUUCGAACCCACAGCGACCAAGAGCCCUCCAACACACACUACCCCAACAGACCCAAUCCCUUGAUGGACGACUAUUUUCGACUUGUUAAAGAUCUAGAAGAAGAGACGACACAGAGCUCGGCCUUGGCUCAUAGAAAGAACAUGCCGAAUUCCGGUGGGUCAGGGUUUUGGUGGGACGCUGAAGUGGAUAGCCUGGGUUUAGAUGAACUGAACUCUUGGGUCGAGGCCCUUGAGAGGCUUAGGGAGAAUGUGGCGGAGCGAGUCGAAGAGGUUCAGAAGGGUUGGAGCCAGGGUGAGGUGUGCGCGCCCUCUUCGAGCCUACUACUUGUGGAUUCGGAUACCAGCAAUAUGGCUCCUCUUCCUGAGUUCCUUGAUUUUCUAGAGCAGUACGAGUUUUAAGUGAAGUAACAUGGAGAAUGGCUUUUUUAGAGCAAUUAUCUAAUUAUUUCUUUUCUCUUUUUUUUUUGGAUUUUUACCGAUGUUUAUUGUUCUUUUAAAUAUUUUGUUUUUCUUUUCUGAAAAUUGUUGGGCUGGCCCUGUAAAGCCUCCCAUUUUUGUUUGUGUAACGAAU